CAGAGAAGUUCGGAAGAAGAAGAGUAUGUCAAACUCAGUCAAGCAUGGUGGUGUACCCCUGGUAAUCCUGGCACUUGGGAGGCUGAGGCAGGAGGACGCCUAUGAGUUUGAGGCCAGCCUGACUACAAAGUUCAGCAUUUCCACUCCCUCCACGAAGAGCAUCCCAGCCUAAGCAAGAACAGCAGCAGCAAUAAAGAAACAUGAACAUGAAAGGUUUGGUUAUAGUCUUGGCUAUGAUACUCUCUGCUACAGUUGUUCAAGGCUUCCCUAUGUUCAAAAGGGGACGAUGUCUAUGCAUUGGUCCUGGACUGAGAGCUGUAAAAGUGGCAGAUAUUGCAAAAGCCUCUAUAAUUUACCCAAGUAAUAGCUGUGACAAAAUCGAAGUGAUUAUUACCCUGAAAGCACAUAAAGGACAACGAUGCCUAAAUCCCAGAUCAAAACAAGCAGGCCUUAUAAUCAAGCAAGUUGAAAGAAAGAACUCUUUAAAACACUGAAAUAUAUGAAGACCUGGAAAAGAUGAUCUGAAAACCUAGAACAAUUGAACUGAGACUAAUGAAACACCAAGAAUUCUGUAAUAGGAAAAUGAUUCUUUCUCUUGUCUGUUAUAAUAUUCACUUGUGAUUUCUAGGUUACAGAAUUUCUAGGAAAUUUAAUACUUGUAACUAUUUUGCUGUGACUAUAUUUCUGUCUCUAAAAGUAAUUUCUCGGUACUUGAGCUAUAUUCCAUAUUAUCUGUAGUUACAAAGGUGACAUUAACAUUAUUAAUGGAAUCAAGUUCUUAUGAAACAAAAGCAUGCAUAUGUAUAACAAAACAUUCCUCAAAUAAUUUUUUAUGACAAUACAGUUUCCCAAAUGUAAUGUAGCAAAUGUAAUGUAGUACCUAGAAAAAGUUCUUAUGUCUCAUAAAGGACUAAUUCAUGAAAUGUACUGUGAAAAGAACUGUAAGUUUUCAGAAAUUGGUAAAAGCACAAAUAUUCUAUAAUUUGAAUUAGUACUAAUCCUUUUAGUUUUUAAACUUUUUUCUUGAGAUAUUUUAAAGCAAUCAAAAUAUAUAUAUGUAGUACAUUUUGGCUUUAUCUAUUCUUAUAAAUUACAAUAUCUUAUACACAUUUUAAAUAUAAAAUACUAAAAAGUAAAUGCAUCUCCAGUAAUAUCUUUCCUUUUUGUUACAAAAAUACGUAAUCAAUUUAAUUUUUUAAUUAGUAUGUCUACAAUGCACAAUGAAUAUAUUACUCAUGGAGAGUCAGUACAUUUACAGACUGCAUCUCAAUCAUUUCAUUUUCUCUUUCUCUCUCUUCACUUUCCUCCCCAUUCAUUCUUAGAUCUCCUUCACAUCUACAAAAACUCUACCUCCUUGUUUCCUGUAGUCUAUCUUUUACUGUGCUCUUUAAAUUAGGUUAUGCUUAUACUAUGAAAUUCAGAAAUAUAUAAAACUGGUUUUCUUUGAAAAAAAUAAUAACAGCUUUUCCUAGUAAGCUGUCAUAAUGCUUCAUAAAACAGAAACAGACAAAUGCCUUCUAGAACAUUUGAAAAACUUUUAAUAAUCUUACCUUAAUAGUUCAGAAGCUCACAGCUACUGUCACCAGGCAGAACAGUUCUAUUUCAGCAGGUAGUUGUGAAGGACAGCUAAUUAGUUUUACUUGAAAGGGAAAAGUCUUCUACUGUAAAUACCUUUCUUACUUGGAGCAAAUCCCUUAAUAUGUGAACCAUGGCUAAAAGGAGGAGAACGCAGCAGCUAGUCUUGACUCAACCAAGCUUAUCCUGUCUUACUUUUCUCAUUGCUGAGAUAAAAUACUUGACAACCAAAGUUAAAAGAGAAAAGGUUUAUUGUAACUCAGAGUUUGCAGCAAUUUCAGUUCAAAGUUGGGUGGUUCCAAGGCAGGAUGGCAUAACAGAGGGGCAUAGCAGAGGAGAAACAGUUUGUUGGCAGACCCAGAGUAGCACAGCAGAAAGAAGGCAACAAGCAGUGAAGUAGCAAAGCAACAAACAAUAACAUCACCCCUCUUUCUGUCCCUUAUAUUCUAUGUAGGUUACAUGCUCUUAGGGUGGGCAGCAUCCACACCCAGGGUGGGCCCUUCCCAUUAUCCACACCCAGAACUAUGUGACUACUCCUUCCCGACAUUAGCUUCCUUAGGACCCUGUCCAUUUUGCAAGCCUGUUUCUCUAAUCUUCCUGUGGACUCUUCAACUACUGUACCAAAGAAGUUCCUUUUUACCUUAAGCUAUCAAGAGCUGGUUUCUCUGGAUACACAGCAAUAAAAAGACUUUCACAUCGAUAUAGCACUCUUUAUGGCAUGUCUAGGCUACCAUCCACAGUCACCUGACUUUUUUUAAUGUUAUGCUAAUGAAUGUAAAAAAGUUUUGUUACUUAUACACAUUAACCAUACUAUAUAUUUUAUAUGAGGCCCAAGACAAUUCUUCCUCAUUGAAUGUAGCCCAGGCAAGCCAAAAGGUUAGACAUACCUACUAGCCAUCCCUACAUUUGAAAAAUGAAAAUAUGUGUACAGAAUUAUAAUCAGAUGUAGCUCUCUAUAUUAAUGCAAUAAAUCCAUAUCAUAUAAAUUCUCA